UCAAAAUGGAGAGCACCGGUGGCUGAUGUGGUCGAUCUAUUUUUCUGAUUCAGUAAGAAAUUAAUUUCUCCAGCAUGUCUCAAGUUUGUUCGAAUUGCGGUGGUAGUGACAUUGAUAUAGAUCAAGCUCGUGGUGAUGCUGUGUGCAUGGGAUGCGGUUCUGUCCUUGAAGACAACAUCAUUAUUUCCGAGGUACAGUUUCAAGAGAACAGUAUUGGAGGAGCUAGUGCAAUAGGACAGUUCGUCUCGUCAGAGGGUAAGAAAAGUUCUUUCAACUACGAACUUUUCAAAAACUCUUUUGGAACUUUUAAGAACUCUUUUGACGAAAUUAAUAGAGAAACUCGUACAUUUAACUUCGUCUUAGUGUGAGGACAGUACACGUGUAUUGAACAUCUCUGUUUGAUUUUCUUUCUAAAAUCAUCCAUUUUUUACUAAUUUUACAUCACUGUGCUAGGAUAAAAAAGAAGAAAAAGGAAAAAAAAUAAUGUCAAUUAGGAAACAGGAUGUUUACACAUAAGUUCGCGAGUAACAUGUAGGGUUUGAACCACGACGUUAUUGUAGGCGACGGGGCAAUUGGUGAAGAAGAAAGAUGUGAUCUCCAUUGCGCCAUGCAGAUCACGUGACAUAUAAUUCUCCAAUCGAUUGACUUUAUCGUGGAGAAAAGGUGGUUGCCCUGUUUCCGUUCACUACAAAUUACCAUAAUGAUUGUUUAUUUUCUCAUAAAUCCUAUGGUAUUCUUAAUUUAUGUGUUUAAUUUUCUCUUUUGAUAUAAUAACUUGAAUAACUUAUUUCAAAUCUCAGUAAUUGUAAUAGUGACUGAAAAGGUUGUACAGUCGACUUCCGGUAACUUGAACCUCCGGCUAACUGAAAGCAAUUUUCAUUUCCCUUCAGAUCCUUUGCUAUAUAAUUUUACCCUUGAUAACUCGAACUCCUGAUAAGUCAAACUUGUUUCUAUUUCCCUUGAAGGUUCAAAUUAUUGGGAGUCGGCUGUAGUUAUGAAUAUCAGUAUUAAGGGACACAGCUGAUUUGCAUGUCACAAGAUGCGCAUGAAACAGAAAGUGAGAAGCGUAUUCAGAAUCCUCUAAACAAAACUUGUAGAGUUGAACUAGAUACAUGCCGAUUAAUCAUGAUUAUAGACCCUAAGCCAUAUCAGAGCACUCAUUUUUUUUUUAUAUACCAUUGAGAAUUCACCAAUGGAUUUUUCCAGACAAAGUCAAACAUCAACAAAUACUUCCGAAUUCGAACUUCAGUAGAAGUGCGAAAUUGCAUAAAGUCUGAAUCAUUGUCGAAGGUUCAAAGCCGAGAAAGCUUGAUUUUCCAAAUAAUGUAACCUUUUCCAGCGAUUUUCCAAAAUAAUAUAUAUAACCAUCAUGAUAUAUGGUAUAACGAUAACGCUCACCAAUGUUACAAAUUCAUUUCUCUUGUUACCUUGGUAAAUGAAGGUAAUUUUUCCGCCUGGUGCCUAUGCGUUUCUCACCUCUUCCGUUCAUAUUCCUUUGAAACUGUUUUUAACCAGAUAUGACUAAAUAAUGUUAUAGGAUGAGUCAGAGUAAAAGUUUGCUCAAAAAGAGGUUUUCAGUUAAAGAUCGUGGACUGAAUGAAACACUAGGGAGGAUUGAAGGGAAUUUCUAGAUGUAUCUGAUGCGUAGAUUUGAUUUUGGGUUGAGGUAAACUCUUUUCAAACUGGCUAAAGUAGUGUCCAGGUCAGCGCGGUCCCAUAGCUUACUGCAUGUGUCCCUUUAAAUUCUCAUGUAUUUUUUUAUUUAUUACCAGGAAACAAAACAGGUGUUGGACUUGGCUCUGGGUUUCGUCAUGGUCUUGGCCAAGAAUCAUGGUCUUGAAAAUGAAUCAAUGAUUUGUGGUUGCAUUUUUUUUCUCUUUUGAAAAUGGUAUUUUAAUGCAUGAUUUGUCAUCCUCUGGUUUUAUACCUGCCAACUCUCACGCCUUAGGCGUGAGUCUCACGCCUUUUUUUUUUUCUUCAGACCCAUGUAAGGAACGAAAACCAUGUUUUUAAAUGGCACUGGCCAUUUUAAUGCUAUAGUGACGUUUAAAUCAUCCUGUGGUUUAAAUGGAUAAAAAUCAUAAUCUCAGGCAAAAGUUUAUAUGGUUUAAAUGUACAUAAAAGCAAAUCUUAACAGUACCUCAAUGUACGCUUUACAAAGAGUCUGAUGGAGGUUUUAGGUUCCUUGAUAUUCAGAGAUCUAUGACUGGCAGACAUAUGUAGCUGAUGGAAUAAAAUGGUACAAUCAAAACAACUGUGACUGAGUGGAGAAAAAUUUUGAUAACUUGUGUUGAUGAUGAGGUCAAAUUAACAGAUGUCUGUUUUCCUUGACAUUAAUGCAAAGAAAGUUUUCCUUUUCUUAUUUGCAUUUCUAUUUUUCAAAUUCCUUUCAAGAUUAGUCUUCUCUACGUAAAAUUCUACAAGUGCAUGUAUUUCUUGCUCCCCUCUUCCUCUUAAAUCCCAAUUCCCACCCUAGUAAAAAUGUAGGUGUGAACAACUGUGAUCACAAAGCGUGAUCACCGGUAAAAAUUUUUUACAUCUGAUCACAACCUGAUAAUGGAGUAAACCGUGCUAUAAUCUAAUCAUGCCAAGAAACCUAUUUAAUAAAUUGGAUCAGAAUCAAGUCCAGAAUCAUGAUCAUGGACACUAUGAAACACUGCAAAAUAUACCUCUUCAAAAGAACUUAAGACACCAAAAAUAAAGUAUAUUUAAUUAUUAUAAUAUUAUAAGUAAAAGUAAAGCGCUUAAGUUGCAGUAUCAGGGUUGUCACUAAAAUUUCAAGUUGCCUGGUAAAAUAAUACAAGGUGGGGAACCAAUUAGCUAAGAAUAUAUUUCGGUACUAUUUUUCGUCUAUUUUUCAAUUAAUGCAGCUGGGGGCCACACUUAUAAUAGCCGUGGGAAAUCCCAGGCCCCCGGCUCUUAAUUACAGGCCCUGGUCAGUGUGCACACCAUCUAAUGUAAACUGUGAUCACAGCUGAGGUUGAUCACAGGUCUGAUCACUCCUAUCAUGGUUUGACAAUGCUAUCCCAAAAGCAUAUGAUCAUGAGAAAAGGAGUGAUCAUGCCAGUGACCUUGGGCAUGAUUUGUACUGUGAUCAUGCCUUGCUUGAUCACAAAAUAUUCUCACUGGGACAGCCUUCUAAAAAGGCAAAACCUGGAUCCUGAAAAAGCUCUCUGGGAACACCCUUACAUAGGUUUGUCUAAGCUGUUACUUUGCUCCUCUAGGUAAGAAGAGAAUAAAUAUGGUUGGUCAUCAGUUACAGAUGAAUCAGCAUUGUAUUGACACGGCAUAUAACUUUUACAAGUUAGCAGUAAACAAACGCCUCACCAGAGGCCGGCGAAUAAACAAUGUUGUAGCAGCGUGCUUGUAUCUUGUAUGCAGAACGGAGAGAACACCACGUAUCCUUUAAAAAUCAGUUUUUAAAAUCGUAACUUCAUGUUAUGUGGUGCAGGUGAUAUUUCUGUUUGUGUCUCAGUUCAGUUAAUUAUUGUGCAUCUGUGUCUCAUUACCUCUAUCAUGUCAUAGGCACUUUCCAAGUAAUCUAUCCACAAUUGAAAAGAUAGACUUCAGCAUUUUAUUAUUGCCACAAAGUUUUUGUCACAGGCCAUCUCCAGGCUUACAGUAUCAAAUUGAAUCAAGUGGCUGAGCUGGUAUAAUAUUUAUCAUAGGUGAUUGCCUCCCCUAUAUAGCUAGCUGUACACGUAUACUAUAAGUAUGUGCAUAACCUGAACAGUGUUCUCCAGAUGGGAGCUCCAGCAGGUUGCCAAAAAUUGCUGUAUAGUUGCCACAGAAGCAGUGGCUACUCAAACAAAAUGAUUUUCUAAGAAAUUAAAGGGAAUAAAUCGGCAGUAUUUGUUUCUGAGCCAUUUUGUUUAACAGCAGCAGAUUUAUGAUAAAAAAUAAAGCAAAUUGUAUAGGUAAAUGAAGGUACCACCUCGAUGACUAAAAUUCUUUAACUGGUCGCUUAAACUGUACUGAAAUGCACUUUCCGGAGCCCCUAGAAUAAACAUUUUCCCGGGGACAGGGGUCAACCGCCAGCCAUGUCUACCCCCACAUGGAGCUCAUCAGCGUGAAACUGGCUUAAUUCCACUCAUUUUAAUCUAAUAAUUUGCCACCUACUAUAAUUUUUUCUUCCUCUACCCUACUUUUUCUGGAGAACCCUGCAGAAGAGUGAAAUGCAGAGUAACAUAUUAUGGAAUCCUUGACACAAUUGCAGACAUGCUUCUGGACUUCAGUGAUGUUUUGCAGGUAUUUUAUUUGCUAUCAGCAUUUUAGUCGUAUCUUGUAAGAGGGAACUUCACAACCUUCCAAAGUAAAGGGUAUCAGUAGAAUAAACGUUAGGAAUAAUAAAUUUAGAUAACUGAAAUAAACUGCAAGACGGUAGAGUCAUCCCUCACUUGCUUCUGGAUGGGUUUAGUAUAGCAAGCGUGGAGAGUGUGCUUUUAUUUUGUGUCAGGGUGGACAUUAUGAGCACUUUCCAUUUACCAAAAACUUUGAGAAACUUCCAUGGAAAGGUCCAUCGAGUGAAGAACGUGUUCCAUUUGACACAAGUUCCAUUCGUUUAUGCUCUGGUCACCAAAAUUCAAGAUGGUGGCACAGAUAUCGCUUCGAAUAGCAUAGAAUUGGUGAUUCCUCGCAAAAACUCGUAAAUCAAACAUGCGUUUCCAUCGGAGAAGUUUCCAGUGAGAAAACAGGACUACCUUUUCAAUUUUCCAGUUAUUCCUGAGAAUUUUCCAGUGGAACGCCUGAUAAAAGUAAAAUGUUCCAUGUACAUCCCAACCAGAAUUUCUGGAAUUUCUUGGUAAAUGGAAAGCACCCUAUAUGUUUCUUUUGGUGAUUUCUAUUGUUAUUUUUCCCUUAAGCCUUGGAAAAAGUGCUUUGACUUUGUUUCACGGUGGACAGUUGUUUCUUUUCAUUUCUCUUGUUUUUUUUUUCCGUGAACCUUGGCAACAAGUUUGAAAUUUAAUUAUUUGUGUGAAGUUAGCCACUUUUUUAAGCCUCGGAAUGAUAAUUAGCACUUCGAGUGUGGGAAUUGAAAUUAAUUUUUGUGAAUUGCUUUGAUAGGUUGAUGUGUUCACAUUGGGUAGAGCUUAUCUUAAACUGGCUCAGGAGCUCUACAUUAAUCUGCCUGCUGUUGGUAAGAAAGCCUUAAACCUGUACAGUAAUAUUUAUCAAUAUUAUUUGUGAGGUUAAUUAUGGUGCUUAUUCUUAGUUUUCACGUAAUUUGUGACAAGGUAGGCAAGUUGGUAUAUAAUACAAAGUAUUUUCACAGAAUUUGUACCACAAUUAUUUAUUUCCCAGAGGAGUAAACCUCCAUGUCGGCUGUGACAUCACCCCAUGAUUAUAUCACAUACAGUCGCACCUCUCUAAUACGGACACCAAAGGGACAGAGUGAAGUGUCUGUAUUAGAAAGGUUUCCGUAUUAGAGAGGUCACUAUGAUUAUGUCUUCUUUAAGACCCCACUGACAGGUCGGAGUGUUCAGUAAGUAAAAUCAAGCCCAAUACUCAGUGUCUUGUUAAUUCUGAAUCUAGAUUGAUUAAUGUUAUUGUACUUCUCAGUUACAUGCUGUACAUACAAAUUUUGGAACGAAAUGAAAUACUUUGCCUAAGACAUGUUCUGGUAUUGGUGUCGCUGACUGAUAAAGUGUCAAUGUUUGUGUAACUGCCGACAGAAAAUGGUACAUAUACCACAAAUUAUCGAAACCUUGUCCCGGAGUGUCUGUAAUAAAGAGGUUAAGUUUGUAUGAAUUUUCUCCCAAAGGCCAAGAUUUUGUGUCCGUUGUCUGUAUUAGAGAGGGUCCGUAUUAUAGAGGUUUUUUUUGGAGGAAAUGUAUGAGAAUUUUGUCGGUACAUAGGAAACUGUCCGUAAUAGAGAGGUGUCUGUACCGAGAGGUUCGACUGUAUUUUUUGUAAAGCAUGCUUAUGUGGUGCUUACUGUUUUCUACCAAAAUCAUUCCAGAAUGAGUCCUGAAAUUGUCCCUGUGAAAUGUAUUUCAUUCUGGUAAAAUGUAACGUGACAAAAGAACUUUCUCCUGAAAUGGAAAUGCAAACGCUGUAUAAUCUGGGGUGAAUGGAGCAUGUAUGUCUGAUCUCGCACAAAAAUCAUGUGAGUGAGAAAUCCUUAGGCUGACAUUAGCUGAGAUGGUUGAUGUCGUCCUGUGAAUGCAGUGGGAACUUCAUUUUAGGAAAAUUUAUUGGGUAAUGAAAGCAAUUCUGGUAUCAUUUGAAUAGCCUGCAACUGCCCAUUCAAUAACAUUUAGUUCCCUUUUAGUUUGCUUUGUUUUUAAUGGAAAAAAUAUGAAAUGCUGACUUGCCCAGAGAAGGUUGGGUCAUGAAGACUAUGUUUUUUCUGUGCUGGGUUAAUAAGCCCCUUAUAGAACAAUAUAUUAGAAAGCAGGUAUUCAAUAAUGGCUGUUAGAGUCAGGUAAGGAAUUAAUGUAUUAUAACUAUAUAUACUUCUCCUUUUCUUAGAUCCUUGUCUGUACAUCCAUCGUUUUGCACACAAAUUGGAGUUUGGUGAAAAGGAGCAUGAUGUUGCUAUGACUGCAUUGAGGUUGGUCUCAAGAAUGAAAAGAGAUUGGAUUCAUCAUGGUCGGCGUCCUUCAGGGCUCUGUGGGGCAGGUAAAUGACCUUGGUGGAUGUUUUGUUUUCUAUUUCUUCUCUAUUUCUUAUCAUUACCCGUUUGAGUUGCGCAUUUCUGUUUACCCCACCCACUCUCCCUCAGCUGCUGCAAGGAGAACUAGUGGAGGGACUAGUGGGUUUGCAAGUCCCAAGCUUAUACCGUGUUUUGAGCUUUAAGUGUUCUUGUUUCUUUACACCAUUUUCUGUAAGCAUGUAUGGCUUGAUUUGUAAUAAAAAGUAUAUUGUGUAUUUUAUACUGCCAAAUAAUGUUAUUUAUUCCAUCCUUGACAGCCCUCUUGGUCUCCGCAAGAUUACAUGGCUUUAAUAGAACAGUGCGCGAAGUUGUACGAGUUGUUCGCAUCAGUGAAUCCACCAUUAGAAAGAGGUUAGGAGACUUUCAAGAUACACCUUCUAGCCAACUCACCAUUGAUGAAUUUCAAAAAAUAGAUCUUGAGGAGGAACAAGAUCCUCCUUCAUUUACGCAGGCAAGGAAAAGGGCCAAACAGCAAAUGGAGGAGCUUAACAAACCUGAAAUCACUUCUGAAUUGGAGGCUUUUCAGAAAGCAGUUGACAUGGCUUUAGGAGUUCAUAAAAAAGAGGAUAAUGUAAAAAUUACCAAAGAAAAUGGACCUAUUACUUCCUCUGAGAAUGACAAUGGUGUUCCCGGGAAUGGCAGUUCAGUUUUUGUUCCCCCAUUUUGCACAAGAGAGCAGACAAAUGUUGCAUUUAGCAAUGGUGGAAAUACAAAUUCUUCAUCAGUUGGUGAUGGGAAAGAAGACACAUCUCAGACAGGUAUAAAAUAUGUUUUUUAGUUGGCCUAUAGUUGCCUUGUACCUUGACAUGGGUGAGGACAACUUCAGCGUUUUAUUUUUCUUUACUUGACGUAAAGAUAGUGAUCAUGUUUUACAGUGCAAGUUCAAAAGUAGUUCAAGUUGCUUGUAAGGCCAUGUAAUGUCUAACCCUGCUUUAGGGACCUCAUUAUUAUGGACAGUUUGCUUUGUCCCAGGGGAUAGAAAACCCUGACAUUUUCUCUUAAUUCAACUGGCUUAAUAUGGACACCCCGUUAAAACAGACACAUUCUAUGGCCACCGUGGUGUCCAGUAUUAAUGUGGUUUGAAGGUAGCUAGAUACUGCUGCACGUUAGUGUUUCUAAAUUUUUCUUUCUCUCCCCUGCUUCAAGAUGUUUUUCCCCCAAGUACUCUUGUUUUCCCUUCUCCUAAAAACCAUUGCUUCCAAAUUCCAAUUGAAUUCGAAACACACAGACACAUUUAAACGAUUUCUUCAGAACUCUUGAGUGCUUCGUGGGUAAGCAAAUUACAAUUUACCAUAUUUUUGGGAUAUGACACAUAGUUCAGUGUUGCUUAUCAAAUGCCAUCAUAUGGCACAUCAGUGUACACUGUUUGCCUCAAUUCUAUAUUUUGAAUAUUCGUUCUGUGUUGUAGUUGAAGAACCGUCAGAAGACAAAGAAAGUGAGGAGCUGGAUCUAACUGGGCUAGAUGAUGCUGAACUUGAUAAAGUAUGAUAUGUAGUCUUGUAGUUGAACACAGUACCAACAGGCCGUUUUGAGGUUGUGCGUAACAGUAGUUGUCGUUGGGCAGGUUUCGUACACUUACAAAUAAAUUCUGGAAAACUGUUCUUUGUGUUGUCACGCAACACUUCUCCCCACAGGAAGAAGAAGAGUAGCUUGGAAGUAAUGGAUGCAAGAGAUAAUGGGGCGCGCAAGGGAGACAUGCGUGUCUCUGUCGUGUGCAUUGUUCUUACCCGCGCCCAUUACUUCCAAGCGCCUGCUACGCAGGGUAGAGGAGGAGCUUGGCUGCAUAGGAGACUAGGAAAGUCAUGGUUAUAAGAAUGCGAUUUGCUAACCAUGGAAUAUCACAGAUUGUAAGUGGGAAUCAAGGAAAAUUAUGAAAAUAAUGCACCUAGUACAAAGCAAUGAUCCAGCAUGAAGCUACAUGUAGAUGUUUGAGUCACAAAGUCAGACAAGUGUCUUAAGGAGUUUUUAACUCAUUGAAAAAAUAGAAGCCAUGGACGGUCAUGGAAUUGUAAGAGCCAAAAAAUUAGUGUGAUCCUUUUAGUGUGUAAUGAUCCUUUUAAUGUGUUGAGUUUUGGUGGUAAUGUUAAAUGUAUGCUGACGUUUGAGCUUACUGCACGUCAUGUAUAAUCUAAAGAGAGAUUUGAGAGAUUGGCUUGAUUAUUGACAGUAGUCAAAAGAUACUAUACCGGUAAUUAAGAGUUCCGCACAAUAAAGAAUUCUGUUUCAAUUGACAAAUCUGUUAAUGGAUUUCUAACCAGGAAUUUUUGGAUUCCCCCCUUCCUGUAGACAACUCAGUGAAAAAGCUUUUGUAACUUUUGAAUCUUUUAGGACGUCACUAAGAAUGCCACGAUGAAAUUUACUCAUUUAGUGCAAUUUUCUCUAUAUCAAAAUUAUUUUGUCCAAGUAUUCAGUAAGUUGAAAUGAAUUCUUGCCUGCUUGAUUUCCAGUGCCUUUUAAACAGCGAAGAGAUUGAAAUAAAAACAAAACUCUGGAUGGAAGAAAAUAAGGAUUACUUGGAAAAAUUAAAAGGUGAGUUUAUUAUGACGUUCAUUUAGGUACGUACAACGUGUGCGGCAAAUGAUCUAAUCAAUAUUCAGGGCGAAGGAGGGUACUUUCACCCCAUGAAAGGGAACCCAGAUUCCAGAAUCCAGGAAUACCUUACUUGUUGAAUCCAGAAUCUGGGAAAAUUUUGCUUGAAAAAUCAGGAAUGCUGGUCUUUGGAAUCCGGAAUACAGCUCAAGGGAUCCGCAGUCCUACUAAAGAUGGGAAUCUAGAAUCCAAGUUCCACUGACAAAGGCUGGAAUCAAAUACCUGGAAUUCGGAUUUCGCAGCGUGGAAUCGAGAAUUUGUCUUCGGUUCCCUUACACUGGGCCAGUACAGUUGCGUAAUUAUCCAAACAAAUUAAGUCCUGAAAGAGUUUUAAACCCCUGACCUUGCUUUCAACUGGACGAUUGCUAUAACCAACUCUGUUAGACAAUGAACUGUGCAUUCACGGCUGAAAAUCGUCUAACUGAAUGCGAACAUUUUAGUUUCGCCAGCCAAACACCUUUACCUUCGUUAAAAAAGCAAUCAAAUAGUCUUCGUGGAAGACUUAUGUCUGUGUUAAGUCAAGCCUUUUAGGCAGCCGUUGACAACACAAGACGGUUUAUUAAUCGGUUUAAUGCUUUUGUUCCUCAUAGAAAAACAAGAGAAAGAGGCGAGAGAAAAGGAAGAAGGAAAUAAACAGGAAAAUAAAAAGGUUAGACAAGAACAUAAUGAACUAAUAUUAUGGGAUAGGAAGCCUGCAUGGUAGGUAAGGGUGGAGGAAGGGCGAAUUUAUAUAUUAGGGAGCUUAAGCAAAGACGUUAUUGAGCGACACACGUCAAUCGGAAGUGAGGCCUUCUCCCUUUUUAUAUGCCUUGACUCCAACAAAUUUUUAUUGCUAAGUUUCUUUUCUCUUAUAAAGACGAUUUACCCGAGAGUUUAAGCCAGACCACUGCCAAAUGAUGCAAAAAGUCCACUUCCGGUUGACGUCCGUCGCUCAAAAACGGUGUUGCUUAAGCUCCCUAUUGAUUUAGAUAACGUUUUCUUACGGGACUUACUCGGGAAAUCCCUAGCGGGUAGGGAACGGGAUUCCCAUCAUCUUGCCUGCACUUGAAAAUUCGAGCUAUAUAAUAAGUAACUCUAUCAAUUUAGAGCAGCUGUCCUGUUGCUGUGUGCGGUGGAUCAUAUUGUCCGACGCCAAGAAUGAUCUCUUUUCAACGCGUACUGCCCUAUUUCUUGGUCCCUUUUAUGCUGAAAUCAGGGCUUACGAUAGCCUAGCCUGCGUAGCAAGCGUUCCUGUGCGAUUUCGGAGCAAAAAACGAGGAUCGAGAGUCAAAAACCGCUCAGAGCUCUCGCUCUCUCUCCAGUUUUCGCGCGGUCAAAACAGAAAAUCCCGUUCCUCGGUCUUUCUUUGCUAUGAAACCAAACGGAAACGCUUGCUACACAGGCUAACGAUAGCCGAUCAGAUUGGAGGAUUUUUUUUGUUUGUUAUGGGUAUGAUUUAGAGUGUUUAUGGCGUUUCCAGAAACGAAAAUCCUACAAGAAGAGGACUCCAAGUGGCCCAGCCAGUACCGCCGGAGAAGCAAUUGAAAAGAUGUUAGUAGAAAAGAGAAUAUCUCUCAAAAUCAACUAUGAAGUACUGAGAGAUCUGGAGACUAGUCAGUCCAGUAAACCUUCUCUACCGGACAAACCUGCUGCUGAACCGGUUGUACAGGCCAAACAGGAAUUCCUCACACCACGAGUACCUACGAGAACUGGUGGAAGAAAAAGGUUGGGCUAAACUCAGUGGGAAGUGUUACCAUGGUAAUAAACCCCAUUUUGGGAAUUAGAGUCCGCGGUUCUCUCUAGCAUGGACUUCAUUAGGACUCUGAGUUAGUGCGGAAAACAGAUUGACCAUUUUAAUCUUCAAUCAUUCCAGCCUUUGGAAUAUGGGAAAUUUCUGUUUGUCUCUUUACCAAUGCAGCACGGAAAGCCGCAAAAAGUUUAAGGGAAACUCAGUUUAUCUUUCAAAGUGGUACUCUAAAUUCUAGUCUGACAGCAAACACUUCAAUUAUGGUAAGCGAGGCGAAUCGCGAGAGAACACACUCCUCGCACUCUCGUCUCCUUUCGCGUGACUCCUCGCGACUCCCCAAACGUGGAGCUUGCUUGCAGGUUGUCUAAAUUCUCACGGAGUCAAAGAACGUUUUUCCUUUAACCAAUUUAUUCUUACUUCCUUGUUUUGACCUUAUGAUGUUCCUUCUAAUAACCUUACUCCAACAUACGGUAUUUAAGCCACAAUCUACAAUCCCCUGAUUCGCUCUCACAAAGGGUUAAUUCGUGCAUUAUUUUCCAGGCACCAUAUCAAAACGAUGUCAUAUACAGUAUAUCAAUAUAUAACAAUAUUAUUUUCCGAUACCAAUAUCAUUUCCUUACCAAUAAUAUACCUCCAACAUAUGGGUAUUAAAACCACACGCAACCCACAAUCCCCUGAUUCGCUCUGCCGAAGGGUUGGCACUCCAAACGUUCGCUUCUCUGUCUCUCUAGGGUUGCCAAUCUACUUUAUUACCUCAGAUGAUAAAAACAAAUUCGUGGUUUUUCUCACAGAAUUCGAAGCCCGACCUAACAUACUUUUUUUCAAGGAUGUUACUCGGUCGCUUACGCGGCAAGAUUUGACUGAAUUCUUGAUUGUGCGCGAAUUGUUAAACUUUGUUCUCUCUGAAUUUCAGAGAUUCGUCUUCGCCUGCUGUUUUGCCAUCAGAAUCCUUCAAGAAACCAAAGGUAAGCGUGCUUACAGUUGAGACCUUAAGAUCUAGGUUUUUCGGCAUUAGAGAGAUUAAGAUUCACGUUUACCGCAAACAGCAAACGUCAGAUUGAAAUUGAGAAUUUCUCAGAAUGGAAAGUAAGCAGAUAAAAACAGUUCAGAACGAUUCUUAUGGAUAAAACUGGCAUAAAACUACUUUUUUGUGUGUGUAGAAGCAAUAAACAGUAAACGAAAAAUAAGGGAAAACUUGGUCACGUGGUACACAUUCACGUUUGCCGUUUGGCGUAAACAUGAAUCUUGAUUCUCUUUAAUAGAGAGGUAAGAGAUUAGCAAAGCUGUUGUUUUGCUAAUCGAAACCUAUUGCUUUUUUGCCGCUCUCGUCGCCCUUGUGAAUCAGUGCAUUCGUGCUAAAUACAUUGACACUCAAAUAAAGGUCUUUUUUAGCCUACCUUAUAACACUCUUAACAAACCGCACCGUGUUUGGACAUUUUGCCAAACACUGCAAAUCGAAAGAACAUAGCAAAUCGAAUUGAAAAAAUGUGGUUAGGGAAUAUCAUGAUCGUGUGCGUUUAGCAGUGACUUAUUUGAAAAGAGUGUAAUACUUAAAGCAAGCUACCGUAAUAUCCCGGUGGAAGUAAGCCUUGGGUCCAUACAAUUUGGUAAAAGAUCUAGGGGGAGCUUAUAUAUAUUCGUGAUGGGGUUACUCAGUAUAAUAAGCAGGGUUUGAGCUAGGAUUUGAUCACUGGGGGACAAUUUGUCCCCUUGGCUAAAUUUUUGGGGGACAUUUUCAUUUUUAGGGGGACAGAAAUUUGUACACCCUUCUGCUGAUGCAAAGGGGUUUGUCUUCUUAGCAGGGCUUCUGAUAGGUCUCGGAAGAAAAAGUCAAAUUUCGCGGGAUUUUUAGGGACAAAUUCGCGGAAAAACAAGCCGAUUGCGCGGGAGUUUUCGGGGCAAACUUCGCCGAAAAGCAAUCGGUAAAAAACGGCCGAUUUUGUGGUUAUUUUCAAGGCAAAUUUCACUAGAAAUCGAUCGGUUUUGCGCUGAUCAGACCAGCCUUUUUAACGUUUUUGUAACAGAGCUCAUCAUUUGCUCUUUCAACAACAAUACGCUCCAGAAAUGAACCAAUGGCAAAGCCUUUAACAUCAUGGCUAGUGCCCAGUUUUUCGCAACAUAAUCUGUUUGCAUGUUUCAGUGACGAAGUUCCAAGAUAAAUUUGCAAGUUUACGGCAAGCAAAUAGCCCCUAUAGCUGAAAUAAGUUUCAAAUAUGUUUUACAGACAUGUAUUUGAUAAGAUUUCUACCGAAUUUCGCGGUAUUUUUCGUGUUUUUGUGAAUUUCGCGGCUUCGCGACCGCGCGAAGAAUCAGAAGCCCUGUCUUAGAUUUCCGACAAAAAUAGUAGUAGAGUGUGACUGAAGCGUAACUUUGGAAUGAACUUUAAAGGUGCGAUAAAAUAUACCUUCCACGCUCUGUUUCAGCUUGCAAAAUCUGUACUGAAAUAAAUCUCUUCGUGUGUGCUUCGAUUCGAGUUUUUUCCCUAAAUUUUGAAGGGGACAAAUUGUCCCCUUGGCCGUUUUUUAAAGGGACAAUUCCAAUUGCAAACCCUGUAAUAAGCAGAAAAAACAUUUUGAGACUGGCUGGCAACGAAACGUACUUUAUUUCACUAAAAUUCUAGAACAUAACAAGAAAUAGGUACACAUAGAUGAGCCUAUAGUCGGGGGAAGCCGCGGCUUAUAAGUGGGGGUGGGGGUGGGGGUGCUUAAUCAUAACGAAUGAAAUCUAGAUAGAUUUUCCUAUGGCCAAAGGGCACUUAUAAGUUGGGGGGGGGGAAACAGGGACUUUACGGUACAACGCAGAACGUCGACUCAAGAGUGCGUUAUCAUUUCCAGCUUAUUCAGUCUCCAAAACCAGUCAGCGAAGAAGAAAGCCAAAAUGAGGUAGUUGUUGAAAGUGGCCCCGUGGAGUAUGAGAAGAACGAUGAAAAUACGCAAGAGUACGAUGAUCAUGAACUAGAGGAGGAGGAGGAGGAGGGGGAACCAGUGAGUGUGGCACAGCUCAUGGGGCAUAUAUACGAUGGAGGU